CGACUAUCUGGAAAGACGCUCACUCUCAAGGUGGAUCUCACUGACACAAUUGAGAAAGUGAAGACCAAAAUAAAAUCCGUGAAGGAAGGACUUCCAGCCCGCCAGCAAAGACUGAUCUUUGCCGGCAAGCAACUGGAAGACAACCGCACCCUCUCGGACUACAACAUCGCCCGCCAGCAAAGACUGAUCUUUGCCGGCAAGCAACUGGAAGACGACCGCACCCUCUCGGACUACAACAUCGCCUGCCAGCAAAGACUGAUCUUUGCCGGCAAGCAACUGGAAGACGACCGCACCCUCUCGGACUACAACAUCGCCUGGCAGUAAAGACUGAUCUUUGCCGGCAAGCAACUAGAAGACGACCGCACCCUCUUGGACAACAACAUCGCCCGCCAGCUAAGACUGAUCUUUGCUGGCAAGCAACUAGAAGACGACCGCACACUCUUGGACUACAACAUCGCCCGCCAGCAAAGACUGAUCUUUGCCGGCAAGCAACUGGAAGACGACUGCACCCUCUCGGACUACAACAUCGCCUGCCAGCAAAGACUGAUCUUUGCCGGGAAGCAACUGGAAGACGACCGCACCCUCUCGGACUACAACAUCGCCCGCCAGCAAAGACUGAUCUUUGCCGGCAAGCAACUGGAAGACGACCGCACCCUCUCGGACUACAACAUCGCCUGCCAGCAAAGACUGAUCUUUGCCGGCAAGCAACUGGAAGACAACCGCACCCUCUCGGACUACAACAUCGCCCGCCAGCAAAGACUGAUCUUUGCCGGGAAGCAACUGGAAGACGACCGCACCCUCUCGGACUAAAACAUCUCCCGCCAACAAAGACUGAUCUUUGCCGGCAAGCAACUGGAAGAUGACCGCACCCUCUCGGACUCCAACAUCGCCUGCCAGCAAAGACUGAUCUUUGCCGGCAAGCAACUGGAAGACGACCGCACCCUCUCGGACUACAACAUCGCCCGCCAGCAAAGACUGAUCUUUGCCGGCAAGCAACUGGAAGACGACUGCACCCUCUCGGACUACAACAUCUCCCGCCAACAAAGACUGAUCUUUGCCGGCAAGCAACUGGAAGACGACCGCACCCUCUCGGACUACAACAUCGCCCGCCAGCAAAGACUGAUCUUUGCCGGCAAGCAACUGGAAGACGACUGCACCCUCUCGGACUACAACAUCUCCCGCCAACAAAGACUGAUCUUUGCCGGCAAGCAACUGGAAGACGACUGCACCCUCUCGGACUAAAACAUCUCCCGCCAACAAAGACUGAUCUUUGCCGGCAAGCAACUGGAAGACGACCGCACCCUCUCGGACUACAACAUCGCCCGCCAGGAAAGACUGAUCUUUGCCGGCAAGCAACUGGAAGACGACUGCACCCUCUCGGACUACAACAUCGCCCGCCAGGAAAGACUGAUCUUUGCCGGCAAGCAACUGGAAGACGACCGCACCCUCUUGGACUACAACAUCGCCCGCCAGCAAAGACUGAUCUUUGCCGGCAAGCAACUGGAAGACAACCGCACCCUCUCGGACUACAACAUCGCCUGCCAGCAAAGACUGAUCUUUGCCGGCAAGCAACUAGAAGACGACCGCACCCUCUUGGACUACAACAUCGCCCGCCAGCAAAGACUGAUCUUUGCCGGCAAGCAACUGGAAGACGACCGCACCCUCUCGGACUACAACAUCGCCCGCCAGCAAAGACUGAUCUUUGCCGGCAAGCAACUGGAAGACGACCGCACCCUCUCGGACUAAAACAUCUCCCGCCAACAAAGACUGAUCUUUGCCGGCAAGCAACUGGAAGACGACCGCACCCUCUCGGACUACAACAUCGCCCGCCAGGAAAGACUGAUCUUUGCCGGCAAGCAACUGGAAGACGACUGCACCCUCUCGGACUACAACAUCGCCCGCCAGGAAAGACUGAUCUUUGCCGGCAAGCAACUGGAAGACGACCGCACCCUCUCGGACUACAACAUCUCCCGCCAGCAAAGACUGAUCUUUGCCGGCAAGCAACUGGAAGACGACUGCACCUUCUCGGACUACAACAUCGCCCGCCAGGAAAGAUUGAUCUUUGCCGGCAAGCAACUGGAAGACGACCGCACCCUCUCGGACUACAACAUCGCCUGCCAGCAAAGACUGAUCUUUGCCGGCAAGCAACUAGAAGACGACCGCACCCUCUUGGACAACAACAUCGCCCGCCAGCAAAGACUGAUCUUUGCCGGCAAGCAACUGGAAGACGACCGCACACUCUCGGACUACAACAUCCAGAGGGAGUCCACCGUCCACUACAUCCUGCCUCUGCGAGGUGGCAUGCAGGUCUUUGAGAAGGACUUACUCGGGAGGCUCCACCCUUACGAGGUUGAGAUAGGUGACACUGUCGAGAGUUUGAAGGAGAAAAUCCAGGACAUAACGGGGGUUCCUCUCUACGAGCGUACCGGACUGUAACGGCCGGAGCAAGAACGCUUGUCCGACUACGACAUCAGUCAACAGUCUGUGAUUGAUCUUGGAAUGAGUAGCUGUCGGAAAAUGCGGAUCUUCGUGAAGACCCUCACUUGCAGGGUCAUCACCCUCGACGUCAGGGUGGAGAACACUAUUAAGAACCGAGAACAAGUAGGGAUUCCUCUUCACCAGCAGGCACGGACUUUUGGCCAAAGUCUACUGGAGGAUGACAAGUACUUGUUUUCAUACAGGAUCAAGACCGAAGCGACCCUUUAUCUCGUCCUGCGUCAUUUGUGAAGAUCACAAUCGACAUUUCUGCCAGUGGGUGUAUUAGUGUUGUCCCCAUACCGAUAUGUUGGUACUGGUACAGGCACCAAAAGUAUCUUGGAACUUUUCCAUCCAUUUCUACCGCUUGUCCCUAUUGGGUUCGUGGGGGGUGAUGAAGCCUAUCUCAGCUGCAUUCGGGCAAACACAGACAGACAACAUUUACACACUAGGGACCAUUUAGUGUUGCCAAUCAACCUGUCCCCAGGUGCAUGUCUUUGGAGGUGGGAGGAGCCUAUCCUCAGGUGCAUGUCUUUGGAGGUGGGAGGAAGCCGGAAUACCCCAAGGGAACCCAUGCAAAAAUUCCACACAGAAAGAUCCCGAGCCCGGGAUUGAACCCAGGACUAUUCGUAUUGUGAGGCUCAUGCACAAACCCCUGGUCCACCGUGAUGCCCGGUACUUUUCUAAACAAAGGGGACCACAAAAAUUGUCAUUAUUGGCUUUAUUUUAACCCCCCCCCAAAAAAAGCACAGUACAUUAAAGAUGUUUAUUAAUGUAAUUUGAACAAUGAUAACAAGAGCAUGUGUUGUCUGUGUUUUGAUGUAAAGGAGAGGUGGUUUUAUUGUAAAAUAAGUAUGUGUCAAUGAAAGGGAAUUUUAUGACUUUCUUUAAUUUGAAGACAUGCUAUAAUAUGAUUUUAUUGUUAUAUUUAUUGUAUGAUUGUUGUAUCCCUUCAAUUUAGGUAGCCAGGGACUGCAGGCGGAAAUCUGGUGCAGAACAUAUCUGUCUUUGAGCUUCAUGAUUCUGUGCUUUGUGCCUUCAAAUAAAAGUUGGUGCUG